GCAAUGUUUCAAACAUCUUCUCUGCUCCUCUCAAACCAGCAGCUGACCAUAAGACAGACGACAUCUCGUCGGAUUCCAUCAUCACUUCUUCGUCGGAGAGCGGUCGCUUCACCUGCGAAUCUGAUUCUAGCAGCAGCAUCUAAUUCUGGAUCAGAGAAACCGAUUCCAAUUAUUUAUAAGCAAUGCUCGACUGCGGCACCCAUCUCUCAUUUGGCCACAAGAUUAGGACUUCGACGUCCGAGCCCCGAACUUGGGCUUCUUUCCCUUGUCUUCGUGCUCUCUACGGCUGCUGGUGCAAUUUUCUUACUGGCUUUAAUUUCAAUCCCGACAACGAAUGCUUUUAGAAGAUUAUCAGCUUCAAUGGGUAAACUGUCAAAGGUGGUUUCAGAAGAGGUGCCUGGAACAUUGCAUUCUCUAAAGCUAUCUGGCAUUGAGAUUAAUGAUUUGACUCAACAACUUAGCACUCUCAGGCAAAAAAUAACUGGAUAUCAAACUGGAAAGAAAGGCAGGAGCAAUUAGCGAAGGCCAAAUGGAGGAACGAAUGAUCUUAUAACAGAUUAAUACAUGCAAGGCAAUAGUGAAGCUGUACAAUGACUUUGUAGAUAUAUAAUGACAUGAUGUGUUGCAUUGCAUGCACCCCUAUUCCUUUUUUGUGUGUAAUUCAUAUUUUGUUAAUGGUUCUAUGACAAUUGUAGUUUUAUCAUCUGUAGGAGUUAGU